AUGAAAUUCCAUCAACUUGUGUGGUAUUUGGUUUUAAUGGUGAUUGGUGGAAAAUGUCUGCCACAAGUUGAAAAUAGUAAACCUAAGAGCGAGCAACUUCCUAAAGGUAUGGCGUGGGAAGAAUGGCAUAUGGAUCAUGAACAUCAGAUGUCUAAAUAUACUCCUGAAGAGUUUUUUGGAUUACACGACAAGGGCAAUAAAGGAUACUUCGACAAGCACGAUCUUUUAUCUAUGUAUGGUUUAACUCGUGAUGAAAUAGUUGGUAGUGGUGAUGGGAUGGGUGUUCAUGAUGAUAGCGAAGCCAUAGACACAUCAAUAGGUGAUAGAGUGGUAAAGUUUCUUAUCAAACUAUUAGAUGUCGAUGAUGACACCAAAAUCAACAAGGAUGAGUAUUUAAAUUUUGCUAAAAAGGGUAAGGGCAUGCCCGACUUGGGUUUAGGGGUUGGACAUCAUUCCGAUUUUGAAUCAGAGUACGACAUACACCAUUGGAACGAGUAUCAUAAGGUUGAUGACCAAGCCAUCCAGAAAGUUCAUAAAGAGGAUAUUGAGCAUGAACUUUUACAUCAUGAGCAUGAAAUUGAGCAUGAAAAAAUGCUGCAGAGAGGUGCUUCAAGAAACAGUGUUCUGACGGACGAUGAGUUGGAAAGCAGAAUAUCAGUAAAAGCUAUUCCCAAUAAGUACUACAAUGGUCCAAAGUGA